AUGAGAGCUGUAACGAUUGCCGCUGCUGGCGCAGCUGUUCUCACCACUGUUUCCGCGACCAGCCAUGUCAAGCACAUGCAUGCUAAGCUUCACGAACACGCUGCGCGCGACACCUGGGUUGACUGGAACACGACCACACUUGCAGCUUCGAAUACGCCAGACUGGAGCAGCUCUUCUUCCACACCUGUCGAUCCAGCCUCGACGAGCUCCGUGACCACCUCGAGCUUUGACUGGGCCGACUGGGAGGCGUCCAAGACCAGCACUACCACCUCCAGCAAGCCCGUGAAGGCCGCCACCACCUCCAGCUCGAGCUCCUUUGACUGGGCUGACUGGGAAGCAUCCAAAUCAUCGACCGCCAGCACUCCCGUCGAUCCUGCUACCACAAGCAAGGAGACCUCCUCGACCUUCGACUGGGCGGACUGGGAAGCUUCAAAGACAGCAUCUGCCACGACCCCGGUUGAUCCUGCCACCACCGCGACGGAGACCUGGGGUGACUGGGAUUCGAGUGUUGCCGUCGAUCCAACCACAACUGUCACCGAGAAGUCCACCGAGACUGAGACUGAACACGAGUCCAGCGAAACCACCACUUGGGGUGACUGGACGGCCGUGGAAGAAACCACUACCAUCACCUUGGCUUCGACUUUGACCACCACGAAAUACGUCGAGCCCGUCAGCACCGAAUCCGUCACUUGGGCCGAUUGGGAGUCUAGCUCGUCCACUUCCGUUGCCGCUGCCAGCACGUCAAGCGACGUCCCUGCGUGGUCAGCCGAUCCUCACGGCUGCGUCGUCUCCAUUAUUACGUCUUACGGCGCCCCGACAUGGUAUCCGACGCCUGUUGUUGCAACGAACACUACUACUACCACCACCAGCACCUCCAGUGUGGUUUGGGGCGACUGGACUUCUACGUCUUCUACCCCAGUUGUCGCCAUUACAACCUCCAGCAGCACUUCGACGUAUGAGAGCUGGGCUGACUGGACUGCUUCUGCAUCCGACUCGGCGACUGUGACUGCAUCCAGCGAGGGAUGGACCUGGACCGCUACUGAUAGCUGGGGAUCCGACAGCACUCCAAGUGCCUCAGCGCCCGGUGGGUGGGCCCCGUCCCCAAGUGGCGGCUCGGGUGGCGGUUCUCAGAGCGGCAACGGAGGCUCAGGCAGCGGUUCUUCGGGUGGCAGCGGAAUCCAUGCCAACGGAGACUCCUGGGGUUUGACCUACUCUCCUUACACUGCGCAGGGUGGCUGCAAGGACGCUGGCACUGUUGCGGCUGACUUGGCUGUCAUUGCACAGAAGGGCUUCUCAACCGUCCGUGUCUACAGCACUGACUGCGGUACCCUCGAGAACAUUGGCAAAUCUGCUCGUGACAACGGCCUGAAGCUCAUCCUCGGCGUCUGGAUUUCUUCCACGGGCAUUUCGGGUGCUCAAGGUCAAGUGUGGGACAUCAUCAACUGGGGUCAAUGGGAUUUGGUCCAGCUCAUUGUUGUCGGUAACGAGGCUGUUUUCAAUGGCUAUGCUUCUGCUGGCGAACUCGCCGGGUUCAUCGGCAGCAGUGCUCAAGCCUUCAAGAACGCUGGCUACACUGGCGCAGUCACGACUACUGAGCCUCUUUCUAUUUGGGAGGAUUCCAGCAGUGCUUCCGCGUUCUGCAGUGUCGUCGAUGUGGUGGGUGCCAACCUGUACGCCUUCUUCAAUGCUGCCGUGACUGCCGACAAAGCCGGUGGCUUCAUCCAAGCUCAGAUCAACAUUCUGAACAAUGUGUGCUCCGGCAAGCCCGUGUUUGUUUUGGAGUCAGGCUGGCCGCAUGCUGGUAACUGCAACGGUGCGGCAUGCCCCAGCCCAGAGAACCAAGCCACCGCGCUCAAGGGUAUCCAGUCUACCGUGGGCGCCCAGGUCGUGUUCUUGAGCUAUGAGGACGAGCCAUGGAAGGAGCCCGGCCAGUUCGGCGUCGAGCAGUUCUGGGGUUGCUCGGGUGUUUUCUAG